AUGGAGAUCUUCUCUCUGCUGCUGCUCAGUGUGGGGCUGGUUCUUGCAGGAGCUUCAGAAAGCAUAAUGAAGAUAACGAAAGAAGAAAUUGCAGAGGAAGUGAUACAAUAUGGCAUGGCAAAAAAUGGCCAAGAACAAUGGAAUAUUGAGGUAUUAAUGAACUUGACCCUGUUAGAUAAAAAUACCAGCCUCAGCAUGUCCAAGGAUAAGUCCUCCUCAUUUUUGACAUUCAGAAGGUUGCAUUAUAGCAUCCCCAAGGGAAACAGUCCAGGUAAUGACAAAGAGUGUUGCAAUGACAUGACGGUCUGGAGAAAACUUUCAGAAGCUAAUGGAUCAUGCAAGUUGGGCAAUAACUUCACCCAUGGCUCUGUGGACGUGAUCCACGGGGUCCACAAUGCUCCCAGCUGCAAGUGUGGACAGAAUCCUGGCAUAAGCUGCUGUGAGGGCCCCAAACUGGAGAGUACUUUGUGCCAGCUCACUACAGGCAAACAAUUCCCCAGGUGCCAAUAUCACAGUGUUACCUCAUUAAAGAAAAUGUUGACAGUGCUGACAGGUCAUUCUCUAAUGAGCUGGUUAGUUAGUGGCUCUAAAUUGUAA